AUGGCACUUCGAAAGGAGCAUAUCAAGGAGAUGAUGCACGAAGCACGUCUGAUGCGUCACUACGAUCAUGACAACGUUGUGCGAAUUUACGGUGUUGCUGUGGAUCGAGAACCGCUUAUGAUUAUUAUUGAAUUGGUUAGCAAUAAGCUAUGGCUAAUGUGGAUAAAAUCUUCACAUACAAUAAAGGGUGGAUGCCUGUCCGAUGAUCUCAAACAACGGAAAGGAACCGUAUCGAAUGAGGAAAAAGUGGAAAAGAUGUGUUUAGGAGCGGCACGAGGCUUAGAGUACUUGCAUUCCAAGUACUGCAUCCAUCGCGACGUCGCAGCACGUAAUGUUCUUUACACCAAUGAUAAAGUGGCAAAAAUAAGUGAUUUUGGUAUGUCACGUGAAGGAAAAAUCUACAAAAUGAAAACAUGCAAGAAGGUACCAAUCAAAUGGACAGCACCAGAAACGAUCACCACAUUCAUCUACAGCCUGAAAACAGAUGUUUUCUCGUUCGGGAUUAUGGUAUGCGAGAUAUUCACUGAUGGCGAAGAACCGUACAAAGGCCUGCCAAAUUGCGAAGUCAAGAAACUGGUUGAUUCUUUGAUCAUAUAUUUUUUGAAAAAUCUUGGCGUCUUAAGUUUUCUAAAAUUAACCAAUCCCUCUACGAUUCGUUCAUUCGUUUCGAUGGCAAAUUGAUG